UCAUAUUCAUCGUGGUUUACGCGUCAACCAUCUUCUCUGGAGAUUCAAUUCCAGGUUUGUAAGCUUGUGGGCUCGCGAUCUGACUCAUCAGCUCUGCUGGGUCAUUCGAAGAAAAAUGAUUGCAGAGGGCUUCGAAGACGAGGAGAAAUGGCUCGCCGAGGGGAUCGCCGGCGUUCAACACAACGCAUUCUUCCUCCAUCGCGCACUGGAUGACAAUAAUCUCAGAGACGCCCUCAAAUACGCAGCGAUGAUGCUAUCGGAGCUUCGAACUUCUCGGCUCUCACCUCACAAAUAUUAUGAACUCUAUAUGAGAGCCUUCGACGAGCUCAGGAGGCUCGAGAUCUUCUUCAAAGACGAAACCAGACACGGUGUUGCCAUUGUUGAUCUCUAUGAGCUUGUUCAGCACGCUGGAAAUAUAUUGCCUAGACUGUAUCUUCUUUGUACGGCAGGAUCCGUUUACCUCAGAUGUAAGGAUGCUCCUGUAAAGGACGUUCUUAAAGAUCUAGUAGAAAUGUGCCGCAGCGUUCAACAUCCAAUUCGUGGUCUAUUCUUGAGGAGUUACCUGUCUCAAAUCAGUAGAGACAAGUUGCCUGAUAUCGGCUCUGAAUAUGAAGGCGGGGAUUCUAACGGUGUGAUGGAUGCGGUUGAAUUUGUUCUACAAAAUUUCACAGAAAUGAAUAAGCUUUGGGUUCGAUUGCAGCAUCAGGGACCUGGUCGGAUAAGAGACAAGAAGGAAAAAGAAAGGAAUGAGCUUCGCGAUCUUGUAGGGAAGAAUCUCCAUGUUCUCAGUCAAAUAGAGGGAGUGGACCUUGAAAUGUAUAAAGACACCGUCCUUCCAAGUGUCUUAGAGCAGGUUGUCAAUUGUAAAGACGAGCUUGCCCAAUUUUAUCUCAUGGAGUGCAUAAUCCAGGUUUUUCCAGAUGAGUACCACUUGCAGACACUUGAGACACUGUUAGGUGCUUGCCCCCAGUUGCAGCCUGCCGUAGACAUCAAGACAGUGUUAUCUCAGUUAAUGGAUAGGUUGUCAAAUUAUGCUGCCUCAAGUACUGAAGCAUUGCCUCAAUUUCUGCAAGUGGAAGCAUUUGCCAAAUUAAGCACUGCAAUAAGCAGGGUGAUAGAAGCACAGGUUGACAUGCCUAUUGUUGGAGCAAUAGCUUUGCAUGUCUCUCUGCUUACAUUUACUCUUCGUGUUCACCCAGAUCAACUAGAUUAUGUGGAUCAAGUAUUGGGAUCAUGUGUCAAGAAGCUUUCUGGAAAACCAAAACUCGAUGACAACAGAGCAACUAAGCAAGUUGUUGCACUUUUAAGUGCUCCCCUUGAUAAAUACAAUGAUGUUGUGACUGCCUUGACACUUUCCAAUUACCCUCGUGUAAUGGAUCAUCUUGAUAAUGAGACGAAUAAAGUAAUGGCAAUGGUCAUUAUCCAAAGCAUUAUGAAGAAUAACACUUGCAUCUCUAAUGCUGAUAAGGUGGAAGUUUUAUUUGAACUAAUAAAAGGGCUUAUAACGGAUUUGGAUGGAACAGCUGUGGAUGAGGUUGAUGAGGAAGAUUUCAACGAAGAACAAAAUUCUGUUGCUCGCCUCAUACACAUGCUUCAUAAUAAUGACCCAGAGGAAAUGUUUAAGAUUAUAUGUACUGUAAAGAAGCAUAUUAUGAAUGGAGGACCAAAGCGCCUACCCUUUACAGUUCCUUCCCUAAUAUUUUCUGCACUUAGGUUAAUCAGGCAAUUGCAAGGGCAGGAUGGAGACGUAGUGGGAGAAGAAGUUCCUUUAACACCCAAAAAAAUAUUUCAGCUUUUAAAUGAGAUCAUUGAAGCCCUUUCUUCUGUAUCAUCUCCUGAACUGGCCCUGAGACUGUAUCUGCAAUGUGCGGAGGCUGCUAAUGACUGUGAACUCGAGCCUGUUGCCUAUGAAUUUUUCACACAGGCAUUUGUAUUAUAUGAAGAAGAAAUUGCGGAUUCUAAAGCUCAGGUAACUGCAAUACACUUAAUUAUCGGGACUCUCCAGAGAAUGAACGUCUUUGGUGUUGAGAACAGGGAUACGUUAACACACAAGGCCACAGGGUAUUCAGCAAAGCUUUUGAAGAAACCUGAUCAGUGCCGUGCGGUUUAUGCAUGCUCACAUCUCUUUUGGGUUGAUGAUCAAGAUGGUAUUAAAGACGGAGAAAGAGUAUUGCUUUGCCUUAAGCGUGCUUUGAGGAUUGCAAAUGCUGCUCAGCAAAUGGCCAAUGUUGCUAGGGGUAGCAGUGGUCCAGUGACGCUUUUUGUUGAAAUACUGAACAAGUACAUUUACUAUUUUGAGAAAGGAAACCCACAGAUCACCAGUGCUAAUAUCCAGGGGCUUAUAGAAUUAAUCACGAGCGAAAUGCAGAGUGACACUGCAUCAGCUCUUCCAGUUUCAGAUGCAUUCUUUGCCAGCACAUUGAGGUACAUCCAAUUCCAAAAACAGAAGGGCGGUAUACUGGGUGAGAAAUAUGAUUCUAUCAAGGUAUAAAUCCUCACUUUGUGCUCGAACUGACAUGUUCGAGAUGUCCAAAUGUAAAGUUAUGUGAAAAGCCAAGCAUGUAGUUUAUCAGUUUUCAUCUUCAUCCCAACAAAAGAAAGGGUUAUGUCAAUGUUCAUUACUUGUGCAUUAAAAUUCCAGUGGCAUGAAGGUCAUAUUAAAGCACAAUUGGCAUUGCAGUUUAAUGUUUGAUAUAACCACACAACUUAAAUACUCA